CUGUCAGAGAUUUUUUACCUCUUCUAAUCUCUUCUACCACCCACCACCCAUCUUCCUCCAUACUCUUUCUCUCUCAUCAAGCUUAUACUUUUUAGUAAUGGAUAUUCAACAACAUUUGCUUUGCUCUGCAUAUUCACCUCCAUCUUCUUCCUUUUACUUUUCAAACCCUCAAAGUUUAUCUUUUUCCCAAUUUUCAGAGGUUCAAUUAAAAAGCAAAACCCAAGUGCUCUACAGUAGGGUUUCUCUCUUUCUCUCUUUCUCUCUUUCAUGUCUCUGAACUACCAUUCUUUUUGCUCCUCCUACUCUCUCUCUCCCUCACUGAUAUGUUGUUUUGGACAUUCUUGAACAACCCAUCUGACCUCCUUAUCCAGCUAAAAUUCAAGCUCAUCUCUCUUUGAUCGGUUUGAAUUUUGAUACUCAAGUAUCCAUCAAAACGACAGUACUCUGUCUUCAACCUCUCUCUAAUUAUGUAUCCAUCAAAAUCAAUCUCUCUCUCCCUACAGUCAAAAUAGUCCCCACAACCAACACUCAACAAAAUACAUUCUUCCAUCUUCCCUCUGGUUCUAGAGAGAGAAAGAGAGAGUGAGAGGUCAUACAAAAACCAAAAUGCCAACCAUUGCCGCCUUCUUCUUCUUCUUCUUCUUUCUCUUCUUCUUAACAUCCACACCACUUCUCUCAUCCUCCACCACAAUCCACCACAACCGUCGGAUCCUCCAUCAACCCUUCUUCCCUCCACUUGAUUCCCUCCCUCCAACCACCCAACCACCAUUUCCAUCUCCUCAACCUCAACCUCAACCCCAAUCCCAAUCCCAACAACAACCCAAAUACCCAUUCUCUCUCCUCUCUCCUCCCAACAAAGCAAACCCAUUUUUCCCAUUAUACCCUUCUCCACCACCUCCUCCUCCCUCCGCCUCCCUAGCCACUUUUCCGGCCAACAUCUCCUCCCUCAUCCUCCCCAACUCCUCCCCUUCCAAACCCAUCUCCCGAAAGCUCGUCGCCGUCGCUGUCUCUCUCUCCCUCCUCUCCGCCGCCCUCGUCACCGCCGUCGCCGCCUUCCUCCUCUACCACCGCCGCCACCGCUCUCUAACCGACGAGAAGGCCUCAAGAACAGACAGCCUCCGCUUGUUCCCGCCCAACACCACCACCUCCGACGGCGUCCUCAAGACUUCUCGUACCGUCUCUAGCACCAGCUCUGAGUUUCUUUACUUGGGUACAUUGAGAGGAGUCGAUGAGGACGAUCACAAAGCUGCAAAUUCAAACAAUGCUGGUGGUGCUUCGUCUAUGACAAGCUAUGAGAAACUGGGUUCGCCGGAGCUCCACCCUCUUCCCCCGCUGCCAAAACAGAAUUUCCCGCAAAUUUUUUCGAAUUCUGAGUUGGGUUCUAAUGGAAACGGUGAAGAAGAUGAAGAAGAAGAGGAGUUUUUCUCACCCAGAGGAUCUUCGGGAGGUAAAGGGAGUCCUAAUACUGAUCAUACUCGUCCUGGUUCGAGCGAUCAGAGAGGGUUUUUGGGUGUGGAAGCUGAGAAUUUUGGAAGUCGAAGCUCGAAUUCGAGGAAUGUUUCGUACCCAUCUUCGAAUUCUGCUUCCCCAACCAGUAAUUCCUUGUCUAGCAGUCCCUAUAUACUCCUAAAUUUAAGCCCCAGAAGCUUAAGAUCCAAGUCUAGAGACUCAACCACCGAUUUCCCAGCUCCGUCUCGGCCACCGCCGGCGAUACCCCCUCCGAAGGGAAAGAUUUUGUCCCCAUCUCCACCAUCUACACCACAAAAGAGAAAUUCAGGGCAUACCCAGAACUCCCCUGAAAGAAAUUCUGAUCUUACUGGACAGAUUGAGCAACCUCAAGCUAGAAAACAGGGCGUUUCAGGGCAGUUUGUUGCUGUGAAAUUGCCACCUCCACCGCCACCUCUGCCGCCACCGCGGUUUUGGGAAAUUCCUUUUGCGCCACCGCAAUCCAAUCGAGAGGCAACGACAGGGCCACCAGUUCUUGUAGCGCCGUCUAGACCAGUUGUGUUUCAAAAUCCGGAACUGGUAUCGCUUUUGCCUGUUGAACAAGCACAGAAUUUGGACUCUGUGGAGAGAAGUGAGGAAGUUUCGAAGCCUAAACUGAAAGCAUUGCAUUGGGAUAAGGUUAGAGCCAGCUCGGACCGUGCAAUGGCGUGGGAUCAGCUGAAAUCUAGCUCGUUCCAGUUAAAUGAGGAGAUGAUUGAGACAUUGUUUAUGGUGCAUGCUUCGAGUUUGGGUUCGAAAGAUAACUCGUGGCGAGCAGUUCCACAGAUGCAAAAUCAAGAGAAUCGGGUACUUGAUCCAAAGAAGUCUCAGAACAUUGCAAUUUUGUUGAGAGCCCUUAAUGUGACCAUAGAUGAAGUUUGUGAAGCCCUUUUAGAAGGAAGUGCCGAUACACUGGGGUCAGAGCUUCUUGAAAGUUUAUUAAAGAUGGCUCCAACCAAGGUGGAAGAAUGUAAACUGAAAGAGUUCAAUGAUGAAUCACCAUUUAAGCUAGGCCCUGCUGAGAAGUUUCUCAAGGCAGUGCUUCAUAUACCGUUUGCAUUUCAGAGGGUGGAUGCGAUGCUUUACAUAGCCAAUUUUGACUCAGAGGUUGAGUAUCUAAAGAGAACUUUUGAAACAUUGGAGGCUUCUUGUGGAGAGCUAAGGCAAAGCCGAAUGUUCCUAAAGCUUCUAGAAGCUGUACUCAAAGCUGGGAACCGCAUGAAUGUUGGAACCAACCGUGGCGAUGCCCAUGCCUUCAAGCUCGACACCCUUCUGAAGAUUGUGGACAUUAAGAGUGCCGAUGGGAAAACCACUCUCUUGCAUUUUGUUGUACAGGAAAUCAGCAGAGCUGAAGGUUCUCGCCUUACCGGUGUCAAUCAGAGUCCAACAGCCGAUAAAAACCAGCAAUCUGCUUUUCAGGAUGACAUUGAAUUCAGGAAGCUCGGUCUACAAGUUGUUUCUGGCUUGAGCGGUGAACUGACCAACGUAAAGAAAGCUGCUGCCAUGGAUUCAGAAGUGCUUAGUAGUGAAGUUACAAAACUAGCCUUGGGAAUCACUAAGGUCAAGGAAGUGUUGAAAUCAACUGAAGAAGUUGCAUCGAAAGAGAGUACCCAGAAAUUUUCAGAGUCGAUGAACGAGUUCUUGAAGAAGGCAGAGGCAGAGAUUGUGAAGGUACAAGAACAAGGGAGGGUUGCUCUGUCUUUGGUGAAGGAAAUAACAGAGUAUUUCCAUGGAAACACGGCAAAGGAGGAAGCUCAUCCAUUCCGGAUUUUCAUGGUAGUGAGGGACUUUCUUUCCAUUCUUGAUCAGGUAUGCAAGGAUGUCGGGAAGAUAAAUGAGCGAAGCAUCGUAAGUUCUGUGCGUCAGUUUCCGUUGCCAGUAAAUUCAAACCUUCCACCAGUUUUUCCUGGAUUCAAUAUAAUUCGACAGUACAGCUCCUCUGAUGAUGAUAGCUCAUCUUCGCCUUAAAAACGUUAAUAGGAGUUGGUUUUUUUGUGAUUUGCUGAUUUGUCUGAUUGCAAUACCUAUCCAAAUCUGGCGAUCACUGUUGGUAAAAUUUGUGUAGAAGAUUUGGAAUACUUUUAUGCUCGUGUAAUAUACAGGGAACAGAAUCAGAUUAGAAAAUAAUGGGAAUGGUAUUGCCGGAAUGGUCGGAGUUGGGUUAGAUUGUAAAUCUAUGAAAAACUGGAUUUGAUGAUUGUUGCUAUUAAGGAUUAUGAACAAUUUUCAUCA